AUGACGGUCUUUAUUGCCUCGCUUUUCCUCCCUUAUACGAUUGACUUCAAGUCCACAGGUCAAAGUAGUGCGCGUCGACGCAGGUCAUCGCCCAGCUACUCAGCCGUCGAUAAUUCGGGCCUCGGUCCUAUUGAUGGGCGUCAAACCGAUCCCAGGCGCAAGCUUCGCGUCAGAUCGAGUAGCCUGGCGCUGACCCCGGGAGCAACAACCGAAGACGAGAAAAUCUUCAAGGCCUACGCAUCGCAAUCCGCAGGUGAGAUUCCCACCGCCGAUGACCCAGCCGGGCCCGGUCCCAAUGAGCCUCGUGCUGUACCUUGGGGCCAAAGCCGCAAGUUCAACCAACCCCGGUCGAAAGCGACACUUCACCCGGAACCAUCCAUCCUCAGCCGUCCAAGCUCCUGUCAGGAAUCCAGAGACUCCUUUUUGGUUGGUGCGCCCGGCCAGAUUGCAUCAAGUCAACCAGGAAGCCCCCGCGCCACAGCGUGCGAUGAUGAUUGGGCUGUCAAGGCCGCGGAGCAAGGCCAUGGAGGUCUCCAGAAUGCGAUCCAUGCCGCGGAGGAAGCGGGUGUUCUGCAGAACAAAUUGUGGGUAGGAACAUUGGGCAUGCCAACCGAUUCUCUGCAUGCUCUGACCAGAGAGGCUAUCCAAGGGACCCUCCGCGAAGAGUACGAAUCCCUCGCAGUGUUUGUCAGUGACAGCGAAUUUGAGGGUCACUAUGCCCAUUUCUGCCGAUCGGUGCUUUGGCCCGCUCUCCAUUAUCAGAUGCAAGAGAGUCCCCGUCAUAUAGAGUACGAUGAUUAUUCCUGGAAGCAGUACCUCAAGGUGAACGAGGCAUUCGCCGACGCGAUCGCCAAUAGCUGGCGCCCCGGAGACUGCAUCUGGAUCCACGACUAUCAUCUCCUGACUCUGCCAGGCCUUCUGAGAAAGAGACUACCUCAUGCCGAGAUUGGUUUCUUUCUGCACACAGCAUUUCCUUCGUCCGAGAUCUUUCGCUGUCUGAAGUCUCGAGAAGCAUUGCUCGACGGCCUUCUUGGUGCAGACUUGAUCGGCUUUCAAACGGAUGAAUACUGUCACCAUUUCCAGCACUCUUGCAGCCGGCUUCUCAGGCUUGAGGUGUCAGUUGAUGGAGUUCAGCUUAAACACAACGGCCGUUUUGUUCAAGUCAGAUGUUGCCCACUCGGUAUUGACUACGAAUCUCUGAAUAUUCUGCGUCAGUCAGCCGAAGUCAAAGUGUGGAUCUCUAGCAUCACUCAGCGAUACAGCGGAAAGCACAUGAUUGUGGCUCGAGAUCGCCUGGAUGUACCUGGAGGUGUCAAACAAAAGCUUCAUGCUUAUGAGCUCUUCCUGGAGAGGCACCCCGAGUGGAGGGACAAUGUUGUGCUGGUGCAAAUCACAUCUUCGGUUUCCGAUAUCCCGGAGCUUGAAACACAGAUCUCAAAAAUCGCCAUGAAGAUCAACUCUCUUUACUCGACAAUCACUCACCAACCUCUCGUUCUCCUCCAGCAAGACAUCAGCUAUUCCCAAUUCCUAGCUCUGCUGAGUGUGGCUGAGAUAUUCAUGGCCACCAACCUCCGCGAAGGCAUGAAUCUGACCAGCCACGAUUUCAUACACUGUCAGGACGGCGAACUAGCCCCACAGCGAUAUGGGUCCCUCAUAUUGAGUGAAUUUACGGGCAGUGCCUCUAUUUUCCAUGGCCAUGAGCUCAUUGUCAACCCAUGGGACUACAAACAAUGCGCCGAUGCUAUCAAAAAGGCCCUAGAAAUGUCUCCAGAGCAAAAGCAGUGCAACUGGAAAUUUCUCCUUGAACGCAAAUCCCCACACACGGCCUUGGCCUGGUACUCAUUUCUACAAACCGCACUCACGGACGCCCACAGCAUGCAGCAGGCUCGUGAUGCCCAGGCCGUCUGCCCGCUCCGCAUCGAGGAUCUCCGAGAAAACUACAAUUCCUCCGAAACGCGUCUUAUCUUCGUUGAAGAUGGCGCCACCUUUAUCACCCCCACUAACUCCGACCCAUCUAAGCCCUCACAAGAGGCGGUCGAGAUCCUCGAGAUCCUCGCAGACGACCCCAAGAACAUAGUGUAUCUCACUAGCAAUCGCAGCCCCGAACAACUUGACUCGAUGGCAAGCGUCCUCCCAGAAAACAUCGGCAUGAUAGCAGAGAAUGGCUGCUUCAUUAAGCUUCUGCGUGCACCAUUCUGGAUCUCGCUGGUGGAUGUCAAGCGCACCCAAAAUUGGCGUGCCGGUAUCCGCAAAGUGAUUGAGUAUUUCGCCGAGCGCACCGAAGGAAGCACCAUCGAAGAACGACGGUGUACAUUGACCUUCCACUGUUCUGAUGCCGUAGACCCAGAUAUUGCUGCCCGACAAGCCUCUGAGCUGGCAGAUCAAAUCAACGGCUCUCGUGGCAGCGAGCCUAUCCGGGUCGUGCGGGACAUCGGUGCCGUCAGCAUCGAGUCGCAACACGCAUCCAAGGCUGAGGCGGCUUCGUUUGUCCUGCAGAAGUUCCCAGAAAAUCACUUCCCCAAUUUUGUCUUUGUGGCCGGCGGGGCGAGAGGUGAUGAGGCUUUGUUUCGGUGGGCUAAUCGGUUGACUGUCGUGCCGUCCGCUGAGCUGCCAAAUCUGGCGGUUACUACUUUGACGGCCGGAACCCAUGCCACCGAAGCCCGGGCUAGGUUGCCCGAUGGUGUUUCGAUGGUGGCAGUUUUACGUUCUCUCGUGCCUGGUGAGAGUACCUGA